GCCACGCGGCGUCCGCGAUUUCUCUCUCUGUCACCCAAGAAUUUGCGAAUACUCAACUCUUGUAGCUGCCACGACCCGCACAGAGGCAUGGCCGAGCCGAAGAGGGGCGGCUUUGCAGGUUCGGGACGAAAGUCCACGUCGUCCGCGACAAGCUCCGCGUCAUCGAAGUCCUCUUCGGUGAAACCUAAGGGCAUCGUCGGUAGGAAGCAGCCGCGCAAGUACACUGCUUCUUCAACUACCGGCGAAGCCUCUGCUAACCCGAGGUCGGCUCCUGCCACGUCUGUGAUACCGCUCGGACCACCUGCGAAGCCCGACGCUCAACAGGAACAGCCGAUGAAGAAAACAGUCGACAUUAACGAACCGGUUUCUGUCGUGCCUGAGACGCCGCUGGGAACGUCUGCGGAGCCCGACCCGCAGCAGCCACAGCCGAUCACCAUUAGGUCGGUCACCAUCAAGUCGGUCACCAUUAAAGAGCAGGAAGUCAAAGAGAAUGCUGCCGAACCGCCCCAGGACCACUUCCACGGCAAGACCACCGUCGUGCUCGUCUUUGUCGUGACGCUGUUGCUUAUCAUCGUGGGGAUGCUAGUGAAGUACUUGGUGUCAUGGGAUCCAGCUCCGAAGUACAUCAGUAUUUGCCGCACCGAGGAUUGCACUGCCUUCGGCCGUGAACUGAAGGCGGCCAUUGACCCGGCGAUAGAUCCGUGCCACGACUUCCACGGCUUCGUUUGCGGCGGCUGGAAGGACUCGGGGAACCGGCUGACGACCGAAGCUCGCAUGAUCGCCGAUGCGUACGACAUGGCGAUCACGGAGGUCAAAUCCGACUUGCGUCGGGCCAGCAAGGUGACGCAGUUCUUUAGGAGCUGUAUGAGAGCCAAAACGGACAAGGAGGAGAAUCUGCGAAUGUUCGCCGAAUUCAGAAGCAACCUGGGCCUCUCGUGGCCUGAGAGUACGCCAGGGAGUAUGCAUCCCCUCGAGGUCAUGGUCAACUUAGCGCUUAACUGGCAGAUGAACUUCCUUUUCGACAUGAGCGCCGUCGACGUGCGCCAGUCGCCCGCACUGCUCGUCAUCCGCGGUCGCUUUGACUUCGGCUGGGAACAUAGCGAGCCCGAUCCGCUGAAGCUCGAGAACUACGAGACUUAUGUUAACGAUCACUACGAUGUCCUCGGCGUCAACGGUUCCGAAAUCGGUAUUAAAGCGGCGGAGCUCCUCACCAUCGAGCAGGCCAUUGUUGGCGCGAAGCUCUCGUUUCUGUACGAUGCUCCACACCAGGAUUGGUUCGAGCUGCGCGCCCUAGAUGAAAAGACGCCGUCGCUGCCGGCGGGCAUCUGGUUAAAUGUUCUGAGAAAGCACGACAGACAGUUCCACUGGAGGAACAAUGACACCGUGAUCACCGAGGACGUCAAGAUAUUUCAAAGCAUAGACAAGCUGUCGAAGACAUACGGCGAGGACAAACUCAUCACCGGGCUCUCGUGGAUAUUCAUACAGACGCACCUCUGGGCUGUUAACGGGGAGCCGUCUUUGAGAUUUAACGGCACGCGAGCCGACUUGCAAACAUUUUGGGAGCGCGGCUGCAUGGCUUACGCGGAAUCUCGUCUGGGACUGCUAACUUUGUCGAAGACGGUAAAUGAGCAUUACGGCAAGAGCGAAAAUCGUCUCGCUAUCUAUAGUUUCCUGCGCAGAAUCAAUGAAAACGCAAAGCGGUUAGUGAACAACCUGACCUGGAUGGAUGAAUCGAGCAAGCGUGUCGCCUUCCACAAGCUCGACAAUAUGACCCGCGUUAUACUGCCCGGUGAUAGCUACUUCGACAAGACGAAGCUCAAAGAACUCUACAACGUCUUCCCCAAUUUAGCCAGCAAGGUGUUCAUGACGAACCUCAUCAAGACAUCAGAGAUCUACCGCCAGCUCCGCAACCACGAGCAUUACGCAGAUGUGUACAGCUUUCGUGUCUUUCCCCGGUUUGGACGCGAGUUCUAUUUGCAUUUAACCAACACGAUGACACUGGCCAUGGGAGUGCUCAAUCUUCCAUUGUUCUACAACAAUGCGACGCUGGCCGUAAGAUAUGGUGGAAUGCUAUCUUUCGCGGCGCGUCAAAUGGCUAAGUCCUUAGACGAGGUCGGUGUAACGGUGAACGACGCGGGCCAUCGCGGACUCUGGCUUUCUCCAACGGCAGCGGCCGUGCACGCAAAAAAGGCGAGCUGCGAUGUGGGUGCCAGUUCGAACGCUAGCCGGUGGCGCCAGCUGCACGUCUUUCCUGUCGUUGCCGGAAUGGAAAUAGCCUUUGAAAGCUAUGCAGCGGCCGUGGCGGUUGACUACUUAGGGGUGGAUGACUAUAGAAUUGUCCACCUUGAAUCGUUCUCGGACGAGCAGGUCUUCUUCCUCGCUUACUGCUAUGGGCUGUGCGCUCAUCGACCGCAGACCAUGGGUGACGAGUGCAAUGUCCCAGUCAAGAACUCGCCCCGUUUCGCAGCGGCAUACCGUUGUCCGCUGGGCUCGCCUAUGAACCCACCAAACAAAUGCACUUUUUUUACUUGUGUACACGACGUUCCUACUAUUCGUUCCAACAGAGAACGCCUGUGA